UUUGAAGACAAGAAAGCUCAACUGCACGUUGGCGAGGGAGAUAACCUUAUUUUUGUAUGCCCGGAACAAUUUUCUUUACAUUUAUUAAUAUUUUGGACAUACAGUCAAACGGCGUAUGAUUACUGCGACACAUCCGGCGAACAAAGCGUGCACCAGCUGAUGUCUUGCAAACAGCAGGAGCGUCAAACCGAGUUCAUUCUGAAAGUCAGUCAGUUCUCAGAGCUGACUCACAUUCCAAUCUUUCGUCCAAAUAAUCCUGUCUAUUUUUUGGCUCAACCGCCUUACUGUGAAAAACACGGAAUGCGGAUUGUUGUCAAACUGAGCACUGGAAAAAAUUCAGAAAAUAAAACCAAAGCUAUCGAUUCACAGAGUGAAGUACCAACGAUUCAGAACUCUCAGAUUCAAAAUAUCAAAGCCAAUCUGCAGCGUCGUGAUGGUCAGAACAAUUGGGUGAAUUAUCAGAUAUUUUUGUUGCCCGGGGUGCUGGCACUCUUAACGCUAGUCGGAAUGCAAUUGGUAAUAUGCGCAUUCUGGAUACCGCCGUCUUUCGUUCAACGUUUAAGACACUGUUUUCGACGUUGCUGUCGCACUAAAAAGAAGAACACGAUGUGUGGUGACUCUGACGAAUAUCAAACCAUGAAUCAUUUGGAAAACAACAUACACGCAGUUGACACAGCUCAUCUCGACUGGAACUUGCAACCUUCUAGGGAUAAUUUCCGAUACCUCUACCCAUUCAGAUCAGCUGAUGAUUCCGUUCAUAUGGUCCCCAAACAUCAAUUCCACCAGAAGCAUUACAAUAAUCCUGAUUGUUUGAAUACCCAGUUGUGCGGGACUGAGUCCAUACAAAUGGCUCCGCUGUAUACGUUCAUCGAUAGUGAUAAUAUCAAUGCAGUGCAUCAUAGUAAUUUUCAGCCGGUCUAUGUUGUGGAUAAUCCCUUGGCUCUUGUAAGGGAACAUCAAGAGUGUCCGGUAUCUAUUGUGAACACGUCAAAUUCCACCACAGACUCCAUCAAACACUCUUCGGUCAGAUUUGUAUGC